UAUAAAAGGCUGCCUGUCACCACAGAUUGUCACAGCCUCAUCAGCCAUGAAAGCGGUUGUGCUAGCCCUGACUCUGGCCUUUGCGGCUGGACAAAGUUUUGAACCUGUCCCUGAAUUUGCUGCCAGUAAGACCUAUGUGUACAAGUAUGAAGCAUUACUCCUCAGCGGUCUUCCUGAGGAAGGUUUGGCAAGAGCUGGAUUGAAAAUCAGAUCCAAACUUCUCAUCAGCCGAGCUGACCAAAAUACUUUAAUGCUGAAGCUUGUGGAACCUGAGCUCUUAGAGUACAAUGGUAUUUGGCCAAACGACUCAGCAAUCCCAGCACCCAAGUUGACGACAGCCCUGGCACCUCAGUUUGCGAUCCCCAUCAAGUUCGAAUACGUCAAUGGUGUUGUUGGUAAAGUCUUUGCUCCCGACGGGAUUUCGGCUGUGGUGCUGAACAUCCACAGAGGCAUUCUGAAUAUUCUCCAGCUGAACCUCAAGAAGACCCACAAAGUCUAUGACUUGCAGGAGGUUGGAACUCAGGGUGUGUGCAAGACCCUCUACUCCAUCAGUGAAGAUGCACGUAAUGAGAACAUCCUUCUGACCAAGACCAGGGACCUGAACAACUGCCAGGAAAGAAUCAUUAAGGACAUGGGACUGGCAUACACUGAGAAGUGUGAAAAGUGCCAGGAGGAAACCAAAAACCUGAGAGGCUCCACGACAUUCAGCUACAUCUUCAAACCAGUCGCUAAUGCCAUCAUGAUCCAGAAAGCGGAAGUUAAUGAGCUGAUCCAGUUCUUGCCUUUCUCUGAGGAUAAUGGAGCUACUCAAAUGAAGACCAGGCAGUCCUUUGAGUUCCUUGAGAUUAAGAAAGACCCCAUUCCACCUAUCAACGCUGUCUAUAAACACCGUGGAUCUCUCAAGUACGAGUUCUCCAACGAACUUCUUCAGGCACCCAUUAAGCUUGUCAAGAUCAGCAAUGCAAAGGCCCAGACUGCAGAGGUCAUGAAUCAGCUUGCCAAAAUCAACGUGGAGAAUAUUCAUGAAAAUGCACCCAUGAAGUUUUUGGAACUGGUACAGCUGCUCCGUCUUGCUCGCUACGAAGAUUUGGAAAUGUACUGGAACCAGUACAAAAAGAUGUCCCCUCACAGACACUGGUUCUUGGAUACCAUCCCUGCUGCUGGCACUCGCGACGCUUUUAGAUUCAUCAAAGAGAAGUUCAUGGCUGAGGAAAUAAACACUGCUGAGGCGGCUCAAGCACUGGUAGCAGCUGUGCACAUGGUGACUGCUGACCCCGAGGUUAUCAAGCUGUUGGAGAACCUGUUGGCGAGCGACAAAGUAGAGAAAAAUCCACUUCUGCGCGAGGUUGUCUUCCUCGGAUACGGUACAAUGGUUUACAAAUACUGCAAUGAGACAGCUCCCUGCCCAGCUGACCUUAUCAAGCCUAUUCAAGAUCGACUUUCAGAUGCUAUUGCCAAGAAUGACGAAGACAAGAUCGUCCUGUACGUGAAGGUUUUGGGAAAUGCUGGACACCCAGCUAGCUUCAAGUCUCUCACUAAGAUCAUGCCCAUCCACGGCACUGCUGCUGCAUCCCUGCCAAUGAGAGUUCAUGUUGAAGCCAUCAUGGCUUUAAGGAACAUUGCAAAGAAGGAGCCCAGAAUGGUCCAGGAACUGGUUCUCCAGCUCUACAUGGACAAAGCUCUCCACCCAAAGCUCCGCAUGCUUUCCUGCAUCGUUCUCUUCGAGACAAAUCCUCCCAUGGGUGUGGUGACCGCUCUUGCCAACUCUGUGAAAACAGAGGAGAAUCUGCAGGUGGCCAGCUUCUCUUACUCUCACAUGAAGUCCCUGAGUAGGAACCACGCAACCGUUCAUCCUGAUGUUGCCGCUGCUUGCAACGUUGCCAUAAGACUGUUGAGCCCAAAGCUGGACAGACUGAGCCUGCGCUACAGCAAAGCUAUUCAUGUGGACUACUACAACAGCUCCUCGAUGCUCGGUGCUGCUGCAACUGCUUUUUACAUCAAUGAUGCUGCAAGCAUUUUGCCAAAAACUGCUGUUGCAAAGACCAGAGCCUUCCUCGCUGGAGCAACUGCAGAAGCCCUGGAGAUUGGAGCCACUAUUGAUGGACUGCAGGAGCUGCUCCUGAAAAACCCUUCUCUCUCUGAAAACACUGACAGGAUCACCAAAAUGAAGCGUGUCAUAAAGGCUCUGUCAGAAUGGAGAGCCCUGCCCGCCGACAAACCCCUGGCUUCUAUCUAUGUCAAGCUCUUUGGACAGGAGGUUGCCUUUGCUAAUAUCAACAAACCCAUGAUCGAAGAGGCUGUUAGGUAUGCCAAGGAAUUACCCGUUCAGGGAUAUGGAAGAGAUAUUCUUAAGGCUCUGCUCGUGACUGGCGUCAACUUCAACUACGCUAAGCCUGUGCUGGCUGCUGAGAUGAGACGCAUUCUUCCAACUGCCGCUGGUCUCCCGAUGGAGCUUGGUCUGUUCAGUGCUGCUGUGGCUGCAGCUUCUGUUGAAAUCAAGCCAAACACAUCACCACGCCUGCCAGAAGAUUUCCCCCUCAACAAGCUCCUGGAGACAGACAUUCAGCUCGAGGCUGAGGUCAGACCAACUGUUACCAUGAGCACAUAUGCAGUUAUGGGACUCAACACAGACAUUUUCCAGGCUUUUAUGAUUGCGAACGCCAAGGUCCACUCUGUUAUGCCAGCCAAAAUUGCUGCAAGACUCAAUAUCAAAGAAGGAGACUUUAAGCUUGAAGCUCUUCCGGUUAAAGUGCCUGAAAACAUCACAUUUGUGAAUGUGACAACUUUUGCUGGGUCAAGAAAUAUCGAGGAACUUCCUGCUGAGAGAAUUACCCACCUCUUCCCUACCAAACUCAUACCCUUAAGCUCAAGCAAAGCCCGCUCAUCCGAGCGAGCUUCCUAUGUUGACAGCAUGCUCUCAUCCUCCGAGCUCCUUCCCGAGGAAGCAAAAUAUGCCAUUCGCCGACAUAAGGUUCGAGGAUUUGCCAAGAAGUACUGCGCUAAGCACAGGGGUGUUGGACUGAAGGCCUGUUUCAGGUUUGCCAGUGAAAACGGUGCCUACAUCCAAAACACUCUCUUGUACAAACUGGUUGGCCGCCACAACUUCUCAUUCUCUGUGACACCAAUUGAAGGUGAAGUCGUUGAGAGAUUGGAGAUGGAGGUUAAAGUUGGACCAAAUGCUGCAGAGAAGCUUGUUAAGCGCAUCAACCUGAACGAAGAGGACACCACAGAGGAAGGAGGACCAGUCCUGAUGAAGCUCAACAAAAUCCUGUCUUCAAGAAGGAACAGCUCCUCAUCUUCCUCCUCUAGCUCAAGCAGCUCCUCAAGGACUUCAUCUGUCUCCUCCAGCUCUUCAUCUCGCUCCGGCCGUCAGAUCAAUCUUGCAGCCCGCUCGAGCAACAGCAGUAGCAGUAGCAGUAGCAGCAGCAGCAGCAGCAGCAGCAGCAGGAGAAGCAGCAGUAGCAGCAGCAGCAGCCGCAGAAGCAGAAGCAAGAGUGGCAACACAUCAAGAUCCAGCAGCAGUUCAGACAGGACCAGCUCUGCAUCAAGCAUCGCAUCUCUCUUCAGCGGCAGCUCAAGCUCUUCUAGCUCCAGGGUCUCUCGCUCUAAGCGAGUGACUGAGAAGUUCCGGAGGUUACACAAGGAUUAUCCCUCCAAAUCAUCUUCCAGAAGCAAGAGCAAUUCCGCCAGCUUUGAGGCCAUCUACAAUAAGAAAAAAUUCCUUGGUGAAGAGGAGGCUGUUGUGGCAGUGAUCCUCCGUGCUGUGAAAGUUGACAAGAGGAUGUUGGGAUACCAACUCGCGGUCUACCUCGACAAACCAAAUGCCAGACUUCAGAUCAUUGUCUCCAACCUGUCUUCUGAGAGCAACUGGAGGAUCUGUGCUGAUGGAGUUGUGUUGAGCAAGCACAAAGUUACAACUAAGAUUUCCUGGGGCGAACAAUGCAAGAGAUAUAGCGCCAAUGCUACAGGAGAGACUGGUCUUGUUUCUUCAAACCCCGCAGCUCGCCUUAGAGCGUCCUGGGAAAGACUGCCUUCUGCCCUGAGACGUUACGGAAAGAUGGUCAACAGAUAUGUCCGUUCCAAAAUACUGUCAGACUUGAUUCACACGAAGAGAGCAAACAGCACCAGGAGGCUCUCAGUCCUUGCAGUUGCAACUUCUGACAAGACAGUUGACUUCGUUUUCAAAACUCCAAGGAAAUCUGUCUACAAUGUCACUCUGCGCCUUCCCGUGUCUAUGCCCAUUGAUGAGAUCAAAGGUCUCGGCCCAUUUGAUGAAGUCAUUGAUAAGAUUCACUUCAUGGUUUCAAAGGCUGCUGCAGCUGAAUGCAGAUACUUUGAGGACACACUCUACACAUUCAACAACAAGAGCUUCAAGAACCAGAUGCCUUCUUCUUGCUACCAGGUUGCCGCACAGGACUGCACUGAUGAACUGAAGUUUAUGGUUCUCCUGAGGAAAGAUUCUUCAGAGCAACACCAUAUCAACGUCAAAAUUUCUGAGAUUGACAUCGACAUGUAUCCAAAGGACAACAACGUCACUGUGAAGGUCAACGAAAUGGAAAUUCCCCGCACCAGCCUGCCUUACCGCCACCCAACAGCUUCCAUUGAGAUCAGACAGAGUGGAGAGGGCCUUGCUGUGUUUGCACCUAGCCAUGGUCUCCAAGAAGUCUACUUUGACAGAAGGACAUGGAGGAUCAAAAUUGCUGACUGGAUGAAAGGAAAGACCUGUGGACUUUGUGGAAAGGCUGACGGAGAAAUCAGACAGGAGUACCACACCCCCAACGGACGCGUGGCUAAGAACUCAGUCAGCUUUGCUCACUCCUGGAUUCUGCCUGCUGAAAGCUGCAGGGAUGCAUCUGAGUGCCGCCUGAAGUUUGAAUCUGUGCAGCUGGAAAAACAAUUGACCGUUCAUGAUGAGGAUUCCACAUGCUACUCUGUUGAGCCUGUGCCUCGCUGUCUGCCUGGAUGCUUGCCAAUCAAGACCACCCCUGUCAUUGUUGGUUUCAACUGCUGGCCAUCUGAUUCUCAGACCAAUGUCUACGACAGAAGUGUGGACCUGAGAAAGACUACCCAAGCUCACCUGGCUUGCAACUGCAACACCAAGUGCUCUUAACUACAUUUCCUUUAAGUGACUAUGUGUAAAUUUUUUUCUGUAACAAUAAAUAAGCUGCAUCUUAAAA